UGUUUUAUAUAUGAACUAAGACUGUAAAAAACUAAAGUGCGCCAAUCAGCAAUGUUGCAGCGGAAAUAUAUCAAUUUUCUACAUAUUUCGAACUUGAUUAAAUAUAAUUUUAAAUUAAAAACUUAUUAGGUCAAUCACAAUAUUAGUGAAGUAACAAAAAUUGUGAAAUUGUGUCAUAAAAAUAAAAUUGUGUAGUAAAUCUAUGCACUUAAUUAAUAAACAUGGCAACGCAUCAUCGAUUCGGGCCAAACUUAAAAAUAAUCUUUAUUUUAUUUAUUAUUCAAUACUUGAACGUGAACUGCACUGCCUUGUUUCUACAAUGUCCUCUCUAUCAAAUGCAUUUACAAAAAAUUGUUGGUUUCCGUCCACCACUAGAAUUUAUAAAUAAAGAAAACCUGAUAUAUUCACCAAGGUUUAGUUACGCACAUAUAGAUAACUCAUCCAAAAGAGACUUUCAGGAACCUGUAAGUUCAAUUUGCUGGCGAAUCUGUAAUAAGGAUGAAAGUUGUAUAGCCUAUGUACAUUUGCUGGAUACAGACGAAUGUUAUGGAUACUCGUAUUUUGAAAGAACUUCACAUUAUCAAGCAAUCGACAAUGAUUUACCACUAGUGGCUGAUGCAGAAGCAAUUUUCUAUGAAAAAACUUGCCUUAAAGUGCCGGAUACAUGCAAAAGUCGUUUGUGGACCUUGACAAAAAUUCCUGGUACCAGUUUAAUAUUUCAGGGAAAGAAGACAAUACCCACCUUGGUAACGAGGCGUGAAUGUGCGGAAAAUUGUCUCUUCGAAACAGAUUUCAAUUGUCUAUCUGCAUCGUUUGCGCCUUCAUACAGAAAUAAUCGUGAUAGAUCUUUUCAACAAGAUCAACCACAAAAACACAUCACAUUAGGCCGCUGCAUACUCAGUGACAAAGAUAAAAUGAUACAGCCAGACGCAUUCCGGGCUGCACCCUAUGAUGAGGAGUACAUCGAAAAUCAAUGCUAUGAACGUGAAAUGGAAAAUGAUCAGUGCUCAUAUGAAUUAUAUGCGAACAGCAGCUUCAUUUAUGCGGAAGCUAAACUGAUGGGGCUUGACCAAAAAGAGUGUCAAUCCCGUUGUACGCAGGAGACAAGCUUCUACUGUCAAGGGGUAUCAUUUUAUUACGAAAAAGAUUUAACCAACACCGAAUGCCUAUUACAUUCUGAAGAUUUGAUUUCCAUGGGUCCACGUAGUCUAAAAGAACGAGAAAAUUCAGUUUACAUGAGAAGAGUAAAAUGUUUGGAUGUACAGGUCAUAUGCACUAAUAACGAAAUGGCUAUAAAAUACACUCCUAAAGAUUGGUUUUCCGGAAAAAUGUACGUGAGCUUGCAUUCAAAAGAUUGCGUAGCACUUGGAAAUGGUACGAAGAGUACUUUAUUGCGCCUGCCAAUCGGUAGUGAAAUAAAGGAGAAUCGUUGUGGGAUCUUACGUGCUUACGAAGUCACUAGAACCUAUCAAAGAAUAUUUGUUUCAACUCUAAUUGUUAUACAAAAUAAUGCAAAUGUUCAGACACAAGGUGAUCGAUUAAUAAAAGUUGGUUGCAUUAUGAGCAAUUCAACCUUAAAAAACGGUAUAGAUGAUACUAAUUCCGAAGAAGAAGAAAUACCCAACGCAAUUGCACUAGAGUCAUCAUUAGAUUAUGCACAAAGCACACUUCCCAAUGAGGGAUUUCUACAAAUAAAUAAUACUAUCGAUCCGACUAUACUGCCAAAAAUAACUUUACAGAUUAUUGAUCUAUCACACCAACAUGAAACAAAUGAUGUACAAAUUGGACAAAAUUUAGAACUACAAAUAGUUGCAGAAUAUACUCCACAACAACAACUGCAGAAUAGUCUCAGAACUAUUGAACUGCCACCACUGCCUGAUUUUCGAGCUACUUCGCUAAUCGCCAAAACUCCGGAUAACAAAAAUUUUGUUUUGCUUAUAGAUAAUCGUGGUUGUCCAACAGAUGUGUCAGUUUUUCCAGCAUUGAAACGCAUACGUACUCAUAGCAAAAAUAUACUACAUGUGAAUUUCCAUGCAUUCAAAUUCGCCGGCAAUGGUAUGGUUAAUUUUGAUGUCAAAAUACAUUUUUGUGGGCAGCGUUGUCCAGAAAUCAAUUGCAUACAAAAUGGAACCGGCGUUGGAUACAGACAACAUGGUAAAAAUCAACGAAAACGUAGAGAGUUACAGUUGGAACCAUCACAUUUAAAAGUACAAAAUCCAAUUUACAUAUCAACUGUAAUGGAUAUCAAAAACCUUCCCGAGAAUGCGAAUAAAAAUAUAUCUAAUUUAGCAACAGAAUAUUACAUGAACUAUACAGAUACGCUGCCACUUAAUUAUAAUCUACACGUUCGUGGUCCGGAUAUGACCAAUAGCAAUAGUUAUAUAUAUGGGGAGCGCGGAGUGUUACUCAUAGCUGGUAUAGAUGAUCAACUUAAUUUGGAUAGCAUAUGUCUGAACCAGAGUCUACUAAUUGCUAUAUUUAUUUUCUGGCUCAUAUUCCAAAUCGCCUUCUUAUUCAGCUGUUGUUAUGUUCUACAAAAAUAUAAAGGUCUCGCCGCGCUUGAUGAAGAACGACGUAAAAUAUAUGAAAGUUUCGAUUAUAUGGACAGUCGAAGAGUGCACUGGGCUGAUCAGGGUGGCUACACAUUAUAAGGCUACUUAAUUUAUUAUUGUUACUUGUUACAUUUUUAGGAUAUAAUUUAUUAAA